AUGAAAGAGUCAUUUCCCAGUCUGUUACCUCUAAAACACAAAAGUAUGAUAGUUCUUUUAGAAUUGUGGAUAUUCUCUGCAAAUCUAGCAUUUGUUAUUCCAUCAGACAAAGAAGCAUCAUCAUUUACUUACCUAACUCCCAUUUUGCGAAACAGAUUUUUGGAUUUAAUUAGGUCUGGGAAUAGGAGUGUAACAUUUACUUAUCAACCAGUCUGGGAUAUUGCAAGCGUUUGUCUUGAUAAUGGAAUUGAGGUGAAUGUUUAUCACGAAUCAGUACUUAAAGUGAACAAGUAA